CUGCUCAAGCGACUUCGUCAACAGCCGCUGCUCCUCCGUUGCAGACAGAGCUGUCUAGCGCUAUGGAGGACGUUCGCUUAAGCUCCGCAUCACCACGAAGAAUUUGGGUGAAAUAUGGUGACAGCCAGCCAGUCAGUCUUGUCUUUGAUGGAGACAUAGUGGACGAUUUGAAAAAGGCUGUCAAGAAGGAGUUGUCAAAUAAGUUGGGUGAAGUUGAUGUUGAUGAGAUUAUUUUGAGAAGGCACGGCGAGGAAGAAGAUUUGGAUCCAGAACUAGCUGUAGAUGACAGCUUUAAAAACAGCUCAAAAACGCCUCUACUGGUUACUG